ACCUUGUUGAUUAGUAUAAACAGAAAUAUCAAUAAAUUCUUAGUUAGAAUAAGAUAUUAAAACUAUUUUAUUAAUAAUGAAGAAUUAUACAAGCUUAAAAUAUUUUUUGAUUGUGUUAAUAUUAUGUUUCAUGAAUUUGGAAUACAAUGCACAAAUACUGGAAUUAUAUGAAGGUGAUAUUUGCCGCAAAGGUGAUGGCAGAUCUCCCAACUCCAUUUGUCGGAAAAUUGAAAACUGUCCAGUUGCAAAGGAAGGACUUAAGAAAAAUAUUACACCGCAACUAUGCUCAUUCAGUGGAUCAAUUCCAAUAGUUUGUUGUCCGCCAGAAAAUAAAACCCUCACCACUAAUCCAUCUACUUUUACAACAAAAAAACCAAUAGUGAAAACAUAUUCAGCUACUGAAAUGUGCGCUGAGUAUUCAGAAUUAGUUUAUUAUAAGAUCAAGGACCCAGUAUUAAUAUCAGAUCAGAAUAAUUAUCUCAAAGUUAAAGAUUGCUAUGAUGCCAUUACCUUGAUUACCAACGGUACAGAAGCUAAACCAAAAGAAUUUCCUCACAUGGCUCUGUUGGGUUAUAGCGAAAAACCGGACAUUUAUUCAUGGAAUUGUGGAGGGUCGUUGAUAAGUAAGAAUUUUGUAUUAUCAGCAGCCCACUGUGAAAAAUUCGGCAAUAAACUUACAAUGAGAUAUGCACAAUGGGCCCGCUUAGGUGAUCUAGAUUAUCUAUCGGAAACUGACGAGGCGAGACCUAAAGAUUAUAGGAUAGUAGAACGCAUAGUACAUCCAAAUUAUAAACCACCUUCUUUGUAUAAUGAUAUAGCAUUAUUUCGUUUAGAAAGAGAUGUAGAUUUCUCGCCAUUUGUACGACCUAUUUGUCUCAAUACAGAUCAUUAUUUAACACCCCCAGCAAUAAUAGCUACAGGAUGGGGAAGAACAGAAACAGCUGCACUUUCUAGCUCGCAAUUAUUAAAAGUACGCAUAGACACUAUUCCGGCAGCAGAGUGCGAUAAAAGUUUCUUAUAUCUGGCAAAUAGAAAUAAAAAAUUAUCACAAGGAAUAGUUGAUGAUCUUAUGAUAUGCGCUGGCAAUCCAGAAGGCGGCAAUGAUACUUGUGGAGGAGAUUCCGGUGGUCCGAUUCAAAUAAAACACAAUAAGUACAUAUGCAUGUAUUCACAAAUAGGAAUAACAUCAUUUGCGGGGCCAUCUUGCGGAGAAAAGGAUUCGCCUGCUGUUUAUACUCGGUUAUCGAAGUACAUUUCAUGGAUUGAACAAAUCGUUUGGCCAAAAAUUAAAUAACUAAUGAGUAAUGGCUAAUACAGCUUUGAAUUAAAUUUUACUUAUCUCCAUUUAAAAUCAUAAUAUAUGAUCAUAUUCAAAUUUAUAUUUUAAUUGUUUAUAGAUAAGCUGUGAUUUAUGUUAAUCUUUAUUAGGUUUAUACUCCAAUAUUGUCUGUAUCUAUAAAA